AUGAAUGAAAUUGUCCUUUAUUUAACGAACCAAUUCGAAAACGCCGAGACACUGUUAAUCUCGGAAGUUUCGAUGCUAUUGGAGCACAGAAAAGCGCAAAAUGAAUCGGCAGAAGAAGAGCAAGAAUUUUCCGAAGUUUUUAUGAAGAGUUUAACGUACACGAAUAGGUUUCGCCGUUUCAAAAAUAAAGAAACAAUUGCGGCUGUAAGAAACUUACUUAUGCAGAAAAAGCUUCAUAAAUUCGAACUGGCUUCGCUCGCGAAUCUUUGCCCAGAAACACCGGAAGAAGCGAAAGCCUUGAUUCCUAGUUUAGAAGGACGCUUAGAAGACGAAGAACUUAGGACAAUACUGGAUGACAUCCAAACAAAACGAUCCCUACAAUAUUAA